AUGGGGUUUUUCAAAACUUUGUCGGGGCAGCUCCAGGGAACCAAGUUGAUGUUUAAUUUCCUCUUCCAUGGUUUUCACGUUGGAUUAUUUGCUUUGGGAUGGUACAAGCAAGCGGCUGACCCUAGACUCGCGGCUCUAAAUUCUCUCACAUUCUCAGUAUGGAUAUCUAGAGGUGCUGGUCUGGUAUUGUCGGUGGAUGUUGCAAUGAUCUUAUUACCGAUGUGUCGCAACAUCUUGAAAUAUAUUAGGCCGAAGGUCAAAUUCCUGCCGCUCGAUGAGUCUCAAUGGUUUCAUCGACAAGUAGCAUACUCGCUGCUAUUCUGGACUAUAGUCCACGUAGCUGCUCACUAUGUCAAUUUCUUCAAUGUCGAAAAGACUCAAAUUCGGCCAGUCACUGCAAUUCAGAUUCACUAUACCGAAGCUGGUGGCAUUACUGGUCACAUUAUGUUGUUAUGCAUGAUGCUGAUGUAUACUACUGCUCAUGCUAAGAUUAGACAACAAUCUUUCGAGACAUUCUGGUACACCCAUCAUUUGUUCAUCCCAUUUUUGCUCGCGAUAUAUACUCAUGCUACUGGGUGUUUCGUUCGUGAUACCGCGGAUCCUUUCUCUCCAUUUGCUGGCGAGAACUUCUGGGCACAUUGCUUAGGAUAUGAAGGAUGGCGUUGGGAACUUUGGGGUGGUGGACUCUACUUCUGUGAGCGUGUGUAUCGUGAGAUUAGAAGUAGAAGAGAAACUCAGAUCGUUCGAGUCGUUCGUCAUCCAUAUGAUGCAAUGGAAAUCCAAUUCCGAAAGCCAUCGAUGAAGUACAAGGCAGGACAAUGGCUCUUUCUCAAUGUUCCCUCUGUUUCUCGCGAACAAUGGCAUCCGUUUACCAUUACAUCUUGCCCAUUCGAUCCCUAUGUUUCCAUCCACAUCCGGCAAGUCGGCGACUUCACUCGCACUCUAGGAGACGCCCUCGGAGCCGGAGCCGCUCAAGCCAAACUGUACGACGGAGUCGACCCCAAUGGCAUGUACGAAGUAGCCCUCGAAAACGGCCAAAAGAUGCCCGAAAUCCGAGUAGAUGGACCCUACGGUGCCCCCGCCGAAGAUGUCUUCGAAAACGAAGUCGCCGUUCUCAUCGGUACCGGUAUUGGUGUAACACCAUGGGCAUCCAUCCUCAAAAAUAUCUGGCAUCUCCGUCACGGAACUAAUCCCCCCGAGCGUCUUCGCCGCGUCGAAUUUAUCUGGGUCUGCAAAGAUACAACUUCCUUUGAAUGGUUUCAAGUCCUCCUCUCAUCUCUCGAAGCGCAAUCCCAAGAAGCGGCUGCGCAACCCGGAAACAGUGGGCAAGAAUUCUUGCGUAUCCAUACAUACCUCACCCAAAAAUUGGAUAUCGAUACAGCGCAGAAUAUCGUGUUGAACAGUGUAGGAGCCGAUGUCGAUCCGUUGACGGAAUUAAAAUCUCGGACGAAUUUCGGGAGACCAGAUUUCACCAAGUUGUUUGAGGAUAUGAGGGAUGGGAUUAUGGACAAAACUUAUUUGUCAGGGCUGGAGGGCGAUUUCAAAACUAAUGUGGGAGUCUACUUUUGUGGACCAAACGUAGCAGCGCGCUCAAUCAAAAAAGCAUGCAAGAGUGCCACGACUCGCGAUGUCAAUUUCUCGUUCUGGAAAGAACAUUUCUAG